CUGUGAUUGCACUAAUUAGUGAAACAGCGUAUUUAGAUCGUAGUUGCAUUCAAUAAGUGGAACAAUUUGCGUCUUAUUGACUUUCUCGAUUUCUUUAUUUGUUCAUAGUUUAUUAAAAGUUAAUGCUGAUAUUAAUCAAAGAAGAAUAAAUAAGGAUCUACUCUGAAAUUUUUUGUAAGCAUACGCCAUUUACGAAAGCUUUAUAGAGAAACUGUUGUUUUAUAUAAAAACCGGUCUGAUCAGCAAUUCAUCAUGAUUUCAGAGGAGAACGUUAAGGUUCCUAUUGGAAUUGUGAUCCUGAAGAAGCUAUGUCCGUGCGUGAAAGUCAACAAAGAUGUUGCGUACCGUGUGUUUAUCCUGGGAAUUACAUUUGUUUCCUAUACAGCUUACCACUUAUCCAGAAGACCUCUCAGUGUUGUCAAAAAUGUUCUCAAUCAAAACUGUACUACUUUGAAACCCCCACCAGAUGUUCAUAUUACUAACCAGAACAAAGAGACAUGGUGCAGUUGGGCCCCUUUUGAUGGAAAAGAUGCUAAUGAACUUUUAGGAUACUUGGAUUCUGCUUUUUUGUUUAUGUAUGCCUUCUUUAUGUUUGUAAGUGGUUUUGUUGCUGAACGGGUGGAUCUGAGAUAUUUUCUAGCUACUGGAAUGUUAAUGAGUGGAGUCUUUACUUACUUAUUUGGAUUGGCUUAUAGUCAAGGAAUUCAUUCACUUACUUAUCUGAUUGUUGUUCAGCUAUUUUCUGGAGCAUUUCAAAGCACAGGAUGGCCUAGUCUUGUUACUUGCCUUGGGAACUGGUUUGGGAAAGCUAGACGGGGCCUCUUGUUUGGAUUAUGGAAUUCUCACCUUUAUAUAGGAAACAUAUUAGGAGCUUAUGUGGCAGGAGUUUAUGUAGAAGACAACUGGGGCUAUUCAUUUAUUAUUCCUGCAGCCAUUGUUGGAGUUUCUGGUUUCUUGAUUUUUCUUUUUCUUGUACCUGCUCCAGAAGAUGUAGGCUGUACAACUCCAGUUUAUCAUCAUGGAAGUUUUGGAGAAUCUACUGAAACUGCACCACUAAUUGAUCAAAAGAUAAACCCCAACUCAGAAUUUCCUAAUUCAAACAAGGCCAUCACAUUUUGGGGAGCAUUGAAGAUACCAGGUGUAAUUGAAUUUUCAUUAUGCCUGUUCUUUGCCAAGCUAGUCAGUUACACAUUUCUCUUUUGGUUACCAAAAUACAUUUCUGCCUCAACAACAUCAAGCUCAAAAGAAUCGGCAUAUCUGUCAGUGCCAUUUGACAUAGGAGGAAUUAUUGGAGGAGUACUUGCAGGUUACAUUGCUGAUCGUACAGGUGCCAGUGCAAUAACAUGUGCUUCGCUGCUUGGAAUAGCUGUGCCUACUCUAUUCCUGUAUGAUGCCUUUGGAAGUAUCAAUAUGCUUAGUAAUAUAGGUAAAUAA